ACCACACACACACACACACACACACACACACACCGCUCCUCCAAUUACGCGCAAGCAUUUUUCAUUGAAACGUCUGGAGGAUGAACAAAACAAGCGUCUAUGGAGUAAAUGCAUGAUGCGUAUUAUUCUCUCGGUGCGGCAGCAGCAGCUCUCCGCCUGUGCAGCCCGGUCGUGAGGCACCAUCACCGGCGGAGCGAUACCACCAUCUCAUCUCAGCCUGCUCUCUCACUGUACCUGCGUGAACGUGUCCGUCAUGUACUGUCGAAAAGGAGGGCAGAGGAUCAAACAGUGGACCAAGGCAGCUGUCUCUAUAAUGCUCUGAAAUGCAGAGCCACAUCACUCUGGCAUCAAGAAUGAUCUCACCCUGAGCUGGCUGCUGCUGCUGUUUUGCAACUGAUGAUUUUUUUUUAUUUAUGAUUAUUAUUAUUAUUAUUUUUGAUGCGCUUCUGUGGGAUGAAUAUGUUUAUUCUGGAGCUCUGAGUUGUCGGCGGCGAGCAGGAGCUGUAGUCGGGGCUCAUUGACAUGCAUUCCCCCUGAGCUCGCCGACACCUCCCUCGGUGGUGCGGCAGCAGGAUGCCAGUGCAGGCGGCCCAGUGGACGGAGUUCCUGUCCUGCCCCAUCUGCUACAAUGAGUUCGACAGCAGCGGCCACCAGCCCAUCAGCCUGGGCUGCUCCCACACGGUGUGUAAGACCUGCCUGCACAAGCUGCACCGCAAGGCCUGCCCCUUCGAUCAGACGCCGAUCAGCACCGACAUCGACCUGCUGCCGGUCAACUGCGCCCUGCUGCAGCUGGUCGGAGCUCAGGUCCCAGAUGUGCAGCCGGUGAGCCUGAGCAGUGCAGCAGAAGUCGAGAACUACGAGGUGUGCAGGGAGUGCGUGGAAGAGCUGGCUCUCUACCUGAAACCCAUCAGCGGAGCGAAAGACCUGUCACCUUCUGCAGGCGUGGCGACUCUGAGUCCGAGCGUGCUCAGCCGGCCAAUGCAGAGGAAGCUGGUGACCUUGGUGAACUGCCAGCUGGUGGAGGAGGAGGGCCGCGUGCGGGCGGUGCGGGCGGGCCGGUCGCUGGGGGAGCGGACCGUCACCGAGCUCAUCCUGCAGCACCAGAACCCCCAGCAGCUCUCUGCCAACCUGUGGGCGGCGGUGAGGGCGCGGGGAUGCCAGUUCCUGGGACCUGCUAUGCAAGAGGAUGCUCUGAAGCUGGUUUUACUGGCUCUAGAGGACGGGUCAGCUUUGUCCAGGAAGGUGUUGGUCUUGUUUGUCGUCCAAAAGCUCGAGGCUCGGUUCCCUCAGGCCUCCAAAACCAGCAUAGGGCAUGUGGUGCAGCUUCUCUACAGGGCCUCCUGCUUCAAGGUGACUAAGCGUGAUGAAGACUCCUCACUGAUGCAGCUGAAAGAAGAGUUUCGAACGUACGAGGCCCUCCGGAGAGAACACGACGCUCAGAUCGUCCACAUCGCCAUGGAGGCGGGCCUACGGAUUUCACCCGAGCAGUGGUCCUCUCUGCUGUACGGAGACCUGGUCCACAAGUCACAUAUGCAGUCCAUUAUUGACAAGUUGCAGUCCCCGGAGUCGUUUGCAAAGAGCGUUCAGGAACUGACGAUCGUUCUGCAGAGGACGGGAGACCCCGCCAACCUCACCAGCCUUAGACAGCACCUAGAGCUGCUAGCCAACAUAGACCACAACCCAGAUGCCCCGGCGCCAUCAUGGGAGGAGCUGGAAAGUGUGAUGCUGGCUGUGAAGUUGGUGGUUCACGGACUAGUGGAAUUCAUACAGAACUUCAGCAAGAAGAGCCACGACACUCCGCAGCCUCAGGCCAACAGCAAGUACAAGACAAGCAUGUGCCGAGACCUUCGUCAGCAGGGAGGCUGUCCCAGAGGAACCAACUGUACAUUUGCACACACGCAGGAUGAGCUGGAGAAAUUUAGACUGAGGAACAAGAAGAGCAGCAGCGUGGGCCGCGCAUUCCCGUUAGCGCCGGGGGUUAUGGGUAAAACCUUCACCAUGGAGGGCAGUAUCCAGACUGAUGUGUCUACAGGUGUGGGGCAGGGGCUCAAAGGCACAGGGGAGAACACUGCCUCCCUGACAGAGGCAGGGCCCGGCCUGAUUCACCCGCAACUGAUCUCCAGAGGGGCCGACAUGAUGGAGGAAAUGAAGAGAGCGGUGCCGAAUGGAUCCAACGGGGCCAACGGGUCCAACGGACUAUCUAGCAGAAACACAUCGGGGUCAACUGAACAGAAACCCAUCUCACCUCCCAGGACCCCAGUCAGCCACUCCUCAGCGUCGUCUCCCUUGACAACAGUUGGGCGUUGCGACGGUGGGGCUCCUAUGCCCAAACAUGGUCAGUUCGUGCUGCGUGCACCACAUCCUUCUCAGGCGUCGGAGCUGUACUAUCAGGAGCCCCACUCUGCAUAUGACACGCCGCAUUAUCAACCAACCUCAGGUUCCUACUACCAAUCCUCUCUUCAUCCUCCUCACAAACCCUGCAUGGCACGCUUCCUUCGAUCCUCCAACGUCCCAGAAUCCUCUUUGCCGCCCUCUAUUGGCCCUCCGCCAUCUUCCUACCCCAGUGACCCUCAAUCACCGCAUCCACCUUCCUCCUCUUCGUCGGGGUACCCACCUAGAGAGCGGAUGGGACCACCUGCCUUCCAUCACCACCCGGGGCAGCCUCAGUACGGCCCUCUGGCUCCUGCUCAUGGCGUUUACGCUCCCCUCUACGACAGCAGGAGAGUAUGGAGGCCUCAGCUGUACCACAGAGAGGACGCCAGGAGUAACUCGCUGCCCCCAGAGGUGCUGCAUUCCUCCGUCUACCAGCCUCCACUCAGGGAGAGAUUCAACUCUCUAGACAGCAACUACUGCUCCGGAGCUGAGCACCGCGCAGGGCUACACAGGGAUUAUGGCCGCGUUCCUCUCGGCUACGAGGAUCUGUUCAGAAGGAAGCAGGAGCAGUGGGCUCACCAUCACCACCAUCACAACGCCAACAGGCCCUCCCAGUCCUCCCCCAUCUUCACCAUCGAUUUUGGAACUGAGCAUGUGGAGAGCAGCGGAGGCCAGUGUGUGGGGUGCAGGUUCAGAGGUGAGGAAAGUUUAGCGCACUACUCUCCGUGGUCCUGUGGCACCAUCGGCCCCUGCCUCAGCCCCUUUGAGCCCGAAACGCUCGCACACACCUCGGCUCACUCCUGCUCAGAGCACUCGGAGUUGGACAGUAACGGCGGUGGAGGCGGCGUUAGCGGCAGUGGUGGCGGCAGCGUUGGAAAGCGAUGGCUACAUUCGUUGGAUCACUACCGGCGCUUGAAAGACGAGGACCCGAUCAUUCCCUUCAGUGAGGGGCCCAUUAUCUCCAAGUGGGGCGCCAUCUCCAGGGCGUCUCGCACGGGCUACCACACCACUGACCCCAUCCAAGCCACGGCCUGCCAGGGCAGCGCCAACACCACGCCCAUCAACUUUAAAGAUUACAACCACCACUUGGAUCACAGCGACUACAGGUGGAGCUCCAGAGGAUCAGACUCUUCCAGCCACUCCAGUUUCCUAGAGAGUGAGCAGCUUUGUGCAUCAGAGCUUCACUGCCGUCGAACUUCAUUAAGCAGCGGAGAGAAAAUCAUAUCUGAUCUGCAAGCCCGUCAGACCGCCUACAGCCGGGAUCGGGGCCGGGCCGAGAGCGAACCGGACCCGGAACGAGACAUUGAGCUCGAACUGUGUGCUCUUGACAUGGAGGAUUCAGAACACCAGGAGAUGAAGUCUCAGGAGUCUUUAGACCUGGCCACCCCACAGUCUCAGGAUGCUUCCCACCUCCGCCCGCCACCCUGCUCCUCUCCCCUCCUCUCUUCUCCUGUGGAGGAGCACCCCCAAACAGAGGGUCCUUCGACAGAAAAGAUGGACGCUCACCUGCUGAAAAAGAUGGCCUUCAGGAAGUCCCUGUCUCCUGGAGGGUUGGUCUCAGGAGGUCUCGGCAAGCUCGUGCUGCGGACCGGACCUCCUCGACUGGGGGACGCUUCCACCCGGGCUUGUCCUGAAACGCCCGGGACAGAGAUGCUGCUCAAUGGAAGCUAAGGGGGACACAAAGUCAGACACUGACCUGCGCCAAAGCUAGAGCUGAGUCGCUUGCCCCAUAACCAGAUUCCUGGUUAAAGGGAAUACCGUUUAAUUCCAGCCUUCAUAUAUGUCAAUCAUAUGCCUAAGUAAAACCUGACAGAUGUGGGUCAACAGACUGUGCUGCGCCGCGUCGUCGUAAGGAGCAAGAGAAAAACACAUUGUCCUGCCUCCCAAGUGUUGAUUUUCACCGAUGUACAGCUCCACUGUAUCACUGUUUAUGCCCAGUAAGGCACACGUCCAGUUUGACCUUACAGUAGAUGCUGAACUCGUCCAUGUUUGUUCACAUUUAGGAGAAAGGCUGCAGCAUCUACACCACAUGAUUACUCACUUUACAUGACAUCGUAGUCCUGAGGUUUACACAGCAUCUAGUUUGUUGUCAUUCAACAUGGCUGACAAAGACGGACUUAUGUUCAAUGCAUCUUUUUUUCAUUUCACAUGGUCCGUCACACAGCAAGAGCCUAAACAGUAGGUGCCACUUUUAAAGUUUACUUUAGAAUUUAAUCUUUUCCUUUACUUAUUCCUAAUUUGUUUUUCAUGUAACAUGGAUUGAGAGCAGGGACUGAGAUCCCAACAUUUCCUAUCAAAUAAUGUCCUGGUCACAGUACUAAGGUCGGGUACCUGGGAUAGUAAAUAUAAGUACAGUAAAUUAUCAUUCUUUUUAUGAUGUUAUGAUUAUAUUUACUGUAUAUAAUUGCUCACUUUCUUGUGUCUGUUUCCUCCAAGGCAGGCGCUGGUCUAGAGACACUUAUUUAUCCAAAGCUAUCAGUCAUUGCCACUAGGGAUGCACCGAUCCGACUUUUUCAGUCCCGAUACCGAUAGCGAUACCUGGGAUUACGAGUACCGAUCCAAUACCAGUGUUUAAUUAAUAAGCUGUAUGCCUCA